CUCCCGCGGGGCGCGAUGCCCGUGUCCGUGUCCAUGUGUGCCGGAGCCCGCCCGGCGUUUCGGCGCGGACCAGCAGAUGGCGGCGCCGCCCCGGCUGGGCGCGCAGCCCCGCGCACGGCGCUGCCGCCGAGCCCCGCUCCGGUUACAGCCCUCCCCCGCCCCCGCCCUCCGCCGCGGUGUCUCCCUCCCUCCCCGCCACCUCCCCGCCUGUCACUACCACGCCGGAGAGCCACCAUGGCGCACGGCGGGCCACGCGUGUCCGCCGCCGCCGCUCCGCGCGGGGCUGCCCGGCUGCCGCCGCUGCUGCUGCUGCUGCUGCUGCCGCCGCUGCUGGGCGCCGCCGCCGCGCCGCGCUGCGCGGAGCCCUGCGGCCACCCGCGCCCCGCAGCCCUGACCCGCGGGGCGCGCAGCCCGCCCGAGCCGCGGCCGGGCAGCGGGGAGGCGGCGGGGAGCGGCCGCUCCAGGAGAGCAUCCUCGGCGGCCGGCCGGGAGCAGGUCUCCCUCAUCAGCACCUCCUUCGUGCUGAAAGGGGACGCGUCUCACAACCAGGCGAUGGUGCACUGGACGGGCGAGAACAGCAGCGUGAUCCUGAUCCUUACCAAGUAUUAUCAUACUGACAUGGGGAAAGUGCUGGAGAGCUCUUUGUGGAGGUCUUCAGAUUUUGGGACAUUAUACACAAAGUUGAAUCUACAGCCUGGGAUUGCCACUGUUAUUGACAAUUUCUACAUUUGUCCCACCAACAAAAAAAAGAUAAUUCUUGUAAGCUCUUCCCACAAUGACCGUGACCAAAGCCUUUUCAUAAGCACAGAUGAAGGAGCCACUUUCCAGAAACAACCCAUUACUUUCUUUGUGGAAACCCUCCUUUUUCACCCAAAAGAAGAAGAUAAAAUACUUGCUUACACCAAGGAAGGCAAGGUCUAUGUAUCUACUGACUUGGGGAAAAAAUGGAUCCUUCUGCAGGAACGAGUUUCUAAAGAUCAUAUUUUUUGGGCCGUUGCUGGAGUUGACGCAGACCCUGAUUUAGUUCAUAUGGAAAUCCAGGACCCCAGUGGAGGUUAUCGCUACAUCACUUGCCAGAUUCAAAAUUGUUCUGAUAAGGCAAUGACAGUCCCAUUUGCUGGUAGUACUGAUCGGGAUUCCCUGACUGUGCAGGAUGACUACAUAUUUCUGCAGACAACAUCAGCAAAUCGGACCAAGUAUUACGUGUCUUACCGUCGAAAUGGCUUUGUACAAAUGAAGUUGCCAAAAUAUGCGUUGCCAAAAGAUUUACAAAUAAUCAGUACAGAUGAAAACCAAGUUUUUGUGGCUGUUCAGGAGUGGUACCAGACAGACACAUACAACCUGUACCAGUCUGACCCACAAGGUGUUUACUACUCUAUCCUGCUGGAGAACGUCCGGAGCACAAAGCAGCCAGAAGAGAAUGUCCUGAUAGAUAUCCUGGAGGUCAGAGGUGUAAAAGGAGUUUUUCUGGCCAACCAGAAAAUUAAUGGGAAAGUUACAACUCUGAUAACCUACAACAAAGGCCGUGACUGGGAUUUUCUAAACCCUCCAGACAUGGAUAUGAAUGGCAAACCAACAAACUGCAAACCUCCUGAUUGCUACCUUCACCUCCAUCUCCGGUGGGCAGACAAUCCCUAUGUGUCGGGAACAGUCCACACGAAGGACACUGCACCAGGGCUCAUAAUGGGGGCAGGUAACCUGGGGUCCCAGCUGGUUGAGUAUAAAGAGGAGAUGUACAUAACGUCUGACUGUGGGAACACGUGGCGUCAGGUCUUUGAAGAAGAGCACCAUAUCUUGUACUUGGACCACGGUGGAGUUAUUGUGGCUAUCAAAGACACCUCUAUCCCUCUGAAAAUACUCAAGUUCAGCAUAGAUGAAGGCCAGACUUGGAGCACACAUAAUUUUACCAGCACUUCAGUCUUUGUAGAUGGAUUACUUAGUGAACCUGGAGAUGAGACACUGGUCAUGACAGUCUUUGGACAUAUUAGCUACCGUUCGGACUGGGAACUGGUGAAGGUGGACUUCAGACCAUCCUUCCCCAGAGAGUGCACUGAUGAUGACUACGAGUCUUGGGAGCUCACAAAUCUGCAGGGUGAUCGUUGCAUCAUGGGCCAGCAGAGAAGCUUUCGAAAGAGGAAGAUUUCAUCAUGGUGCAUUAAAGGGAGAAGUUUCACAUCAGCUCUCACAUCCAAAGUUUGUGAAUGCGUGAACUCUGAUUUCUUAUGUGAUUAUGGGUUUGAGCGCUCUGCACUUCUGAAGUCGGAGUCUAACAAAUGCUUUGCUGACUUUUGGUUUAACCCAGAAGCACCGCCUGAAGACUGUGUGCUGGGGCAGGCAUACACCAGCAGCACUGGGUAUAGGAAAGUUGUCUCUAAUGUGUGUGAAGGUGGCGUAGACCUGCAGCAGAAUGUAGCACAGCAUAUGUGUCCAUUGAUUGCUCCCAAGGGACUUCAGAUCAGCAUCAGAGAAGAAAGCCUGGCUGUUAGGCCCGGGGAAGACAUCACCUUCAUUGUCAGACAAGAGCAGGGUGAUAUAUUGAGUACCAAAUACCAGGUAGAUCUUGGAGAUGGCUUUAAGGCGAUAUAUGUGAACCUUACGAUGACUGGAGAACCCAUCCGUCACCGCUAUGAGAAUCCUGGGAUUUACCGUGUGUCAGUGAAGGCUGAGAAUGUGGCUGGGCAUGAUGAGGCUGUGGUGUUCAUCCAAGUCAACUCUCCACUCCAGGCUUUAAACUUAGAAGUGGUUCCAGUCAUUGGAAGAAACCAGGAGGUGAACCUGACAGCCAUCAUACUGCCUAAGAACCCUAAUUUGACAGUUUUCUACUGGUGGAUAGGAAACAAUCUUCAGCCACUGCUUACAUUGGAGAGUUUUCUGGUGACCAAAUUUGCUGAGACAGGUGAUGUCCGAGUUACAGUGCAAGUUUCCUGUGGGAGCUCCAUGCUUCAGGACUCAAAAGUUGUCCAUGUUUUUGAUCAUUUUCACGUUCUUCCAUUGAAGUUUACUAAACACCUGGACAUGUACAACCCCGACAUACCAGAGUGGAGAGAAGACAUAGGGCGGGUAGUAACACGACUUCUUGCAAAGGAAACCAAUAUACCUGAAGAAACACUCAUGACAGUUGUGAAACCUGGUCUGCCCACAGCUGCUGACUUGCAUGUGCUACUACCAGCCAACCAACCGAAAAAGAAGAGAAGUUUAACUAGUGAUAAGAGAAUAGCAGCUAUAAAGCAGGCCCUGAAUGCACACAACAUCAGUUUCUUUCUGAGGGGAGGAUACUGGGUCUUGGUGACUUUAGCUGACUCCAGUUCAGAUUCUCAGAGGAUUGGAGGAGGCAGUGGCUACUGGGCUAUUGUGGUUCUCUUUGUUAUCUGUCUAGUUGCAGUCGGGGCUUUCAUCCUCUACAAGUUCAAAAGGAAACUGCCAGGCAGAAAUGUCUACGCCCAGAUGCACAAUGAAAAAGAGCAGGAGAUGACAAGCCCUGUUAAUCACAGUGAGGACACCCAGAACAUCAUCCAGGGUGAGGAGUUUAUUGAUGAUGAUCUGGACUCUCAAACACUAGGUAACGCAAGAGUGACUCCUUCUGGGAGAAGUGGCAGCUUGAACAGCUACAGAGUUCCCUUAUUGCUGAUGCCGGUCAGUGUCCAGUCCCAGGCAAUCACUCAGGCGUGGUUUUGAGCAUCAACUCCAGAGAGAUGCACAGUUACCUGGUUAGCUGAUAUUUGCAGCUGAACACAAAACCCGAAAGACUCUUCUCUGUACCAUUUUAUUUUUCCCUGAUGAUGUCACAAAAUUGCAAAUAUGGCUGUAAAUGCUGAUGGAGAGGAGGUUUCAUACCAGUCCUGUGGAAAAAAGCAUCCAUCUUCAGUUACCAAGAGUGAAGGAUAUGUCGUGUUCACUCUAUGGCCUGGGAACUCAUCACGAUUGAAACUCAAACUAUGGUAGCAAAUUUGUAGCCCUAGGCACCUUCAAUGCCACCUUAUUUCUUUUCUGUCUAUGCUCUAUUUCUUUAUGUUUAUUUUUAGAAUGAUUGACUGUAACUUUUUAAUUACAUUUUUAAUUGAGGUAUUCAGCAGAAGGCUGGGACUCUUCAUCCUGGAAAGGUGAUUUUUACACAAGUGACUAGACCAGAACAGAUGGUUGGUUGAUCACAAUGACAAUUUUUUUAGGAGGCCAAGUGUUUCUGUGCUGGGAAAGGACUGAGUGAGAGACAAAUGCACUCCUAGUUGAGACAAACUCUUAACUUAAACAUGUGUGAGACAAUCUAAUGAAUUUAGGUUUAGGUCCUUCUGUGGAUUAAAGGAAGUAAAAUGUUAAUUAGGAUAUCUCAUAAUAUAUGAUCAUGCUCUUGUAAGUGUAGCAAGUCCUGACAAACUAUCAGCACCAGUAUCUCCCCCAGUCCCACCCUGGGUGAAAGAAAAACACCAGCUUGAUGCUAUUUCCAGACCAGGUGCCUUCACUUGCAGACAGUCAUUUCAGUUCCUCUCUCCUUUCUCCUGAGUGAGCACCUCCAGGAUGAUGGCAGGUGCCAGAUGAGUUAUCCUGUAAAAACCCUGUGCUAGUGGCCUGUCUCUUUUUAAAUUUCCAGAGAGUGUAAAUACUUCUUUUAAGUCACUUUCUUUGUAUGGUUAUUUUUUUUUUUAAAUUUCUUGUUUGGGCAGAUGUGCCAGAUAGGUCAGAGCUCUCCUCCAGGAAUGGCUGGGUAGCACCACCAUCUCCUUCCCACUCCAUCCCUGUUUGAGAUUUCCUCUGGAUCUUUGCCCUUGCGGGUUGGAGUGGGCAAACUCUGACCUUUUCCACUAGGGUUAGUUUGACAAUCUGAAUUGUCAUGGAGAGGAUGGGAUGGGAUUUAGGGGUUCAUAUUUCCUUCCCAUCACCACAGGGUGUCACUCAGUCCCUACCACCGCUGGCCCCUGUUCCUGCAGGGAGGGCAAGAGAGGGAGGGAGGGGCUUCUGGAGGAGCUGCCUGCAGAAAGGCUGGUGAGUCAGGUCAGUGUUUCCUAAUCCCAGUUUUGUGAGCUGGGUCAGAGUUUCCUAGUCUUGACUUCUGCAUCCCUAGGGAACGGCAGCGCAGUGAAUCCACACCCCUCUUGUCUUUUCUCUGCGGUUAAUGUCGCCUUGUAGGAAACUGAAUGUGGUGUGAUGAGCUUAAAGGGGGGGGGGGGGGGGGUGUGGCACAUUGCCUGGAAUUAGGAUGCUUCUCUCAGAAACCUGUGUAAUCUCUUUACUUCUUGCCUUUAGAGAAUAAAUAACUCUGUACUCACUGAAUGUCAUACUGAUGCUAGGGACGAGCUCGCACACCACCUUGUUUAAGAAGUAUACAGAUAGCUAAUUACAUCAUCCAGAAUAAGCAAACAGAAAAUAAUGAAUGAUAGUAAAAUAGAAAAGAACUGUCUUACAAUUAUUGUAUGCAUUGGAGUCAUUCUUCCAUGUAGCUGUGGAUAUCCUAGAGCAUAUUAUCAUCAAAUGCAACGGACUGGGGUGUAAUAAUUCAGUGUAGUACUGUAGGCUCUCACAAACCCCAUAAGAUGUAUGUGUAAAGCACAAGAAAAUCUAGCUUAUAAACUUACUGUAAGGAACUAGGUGGAAAAGUUAGAGUGAAGAUUCUGAAAAGCACUUGCAAACUGCUCAGGAAAAUAAUUUCAAAAAUUGUUUUAAAAUUUCUGCCUAUUUAGUUGUAUAGUGCCAUGUAAAUUUAUUAACAGAGAAAUACUGCUGCAUUUGACUGUUGUAUGCCAGACUGUGUGGAAAUCCAAGGUCUUAAAGGUAUCUGAGUCUGAGUUUCUUGAAGAGAAGUGCAAAUACAAAAUGUGCUGUGCAUUGGAAACUCUCAGGAUUGUUGCAGCAGGGGCUUCCCCUCCUCACCAGCUCUCCUUGUUAGAAGAAACAAGUGGAAUGAGCUGGAGCAGAGAAUAAAAUAGUAUUACAACAUCUUACUUGUUCCUGUGAAAUAAAAUCUGAAGUGGGUUAUUUGUAUAGGGCAGGUGAGUGGCAAACCACCCUCAUGGAAAGGGAUGGGAUGGAAGUUCUAGCUUGGGAUUGUUCUACAUGAUUAGUCUGAUUGGCAAAGGACUCUAUUGGAACUAGGUCACACAUCUAAUUUAUGCUUUAACAGCUACUUUUAUACAUUUAAUUCAGGCUGAUUUGUGUCUCUGAUCACAGGAGUCUUUUGGAACACAGUAGAAUAUUGCUUGGUACUCUAAUUAACACUUAGCACAAUAUAGUGCCUGUAAUAAUGUUUUUCGAUGCUAAUUAAUUUGAUUCAUGCACUACUCCUGUGAGGUUGGUUUGUCAUGUCUCAAAACCACUGUUUUCUAAAGAGAUAUUGCUAUUGCUGUAACUUCAUUAAUAAUACCCAGCAGAUAAUAAAGGAAGCCCUUGAUUUCCCAGCAAGAAUAACUUUAAAACAAAUUAUUUUAAAACUGAGAAAAUACUAUUACUAUUUUCUAGCACUAGAUUUCAAAUCUCUUGAACUACAUCCAUGAUAUCUUACCAUUUUAUCCUUUAGAUGAAUCUAAAAUCCUGAUACAUGUGUAUUCAGAAACAUAGUUGUUUCUAUGCACAAGUGCUAGUUACACAUGCAUGCACACACACAUGCAGUAUUUUUACAUGUUAAUCAAAUUUAUUAGUAAAGACUUUGGGCAAGUUAUUUAACCUAUACAUGCCCCAGUUUCCCCACCUAUAAAAUGGGGCUGAUAGGAAUUACCUACCUCACAGGGGUAUUGUGAGGCUAAAUUAAUUACUGUUAGUUCAGGAUCAUCACAGUCAAAGAAUUUUGUGAGCAUAAAGUAUUAAUGGUUUCACUUUCUUUGUUUUACUUGAAAUUAUUACUGUUCUUAAAAGUAGUCUACUGAAACCAGCUGCAGUUAUGUAUAAAUUAAAAAAAAAAAGCAUAAUCCAAAAAAAGUACAUCACUGGUAAAAAAAAAAGGUAAUUUUAUUUAAACACUGUUAUUGGAACAUAUGGUUAUGUGGUAGCACUACAACAUUGGCUAUGAUUUUGCUGUUACACCGUAAUAUCUUCAACUUACCUUUCUUUAGUGUUAUUUGAUCAAAACCCAUAUAAAAAUGGGUACAGUGAUAUUUAUCAGCACUGGUAUUGAACUAUACUGAAACCAACAAAACUGGCAGUGCACUGGCCUCAUUGGCAUCCUUGUCCUUCUUAAACUCUGAUGUAUUUGCAGAUUCAAACACACCCUGUACUUUUCAGAGUGCUCCAAACAGUAUGAUCUGAAGGAUUCUAACAGAUCUGUCAAGAUUUACAGCUGUUACCUUUGCUUUCCCUUUUGACAUUGAAUCUUUUAUAUGGCUUUUGAAUGGUCCAUCCAUAUAAAGUACUCAGAAAUGCUCAAAGGACAUUUAAGGAAAAUCCACACAAUGUUAAUUAAUUUCUCAAAAGUAAAGCAAUAUAAACCAGUGUAUUUUUGUACUCUGUAGAAGGGGGUGGUGGAAAUGGCUGUGAAGAAAUAGAAGGUACCAGCCUGAGGCAAGAUGUUGUUAUCUCCAAUUCAAAUCCAAUUUCUCGGAAUUAUUUUAUGAUAUUCUUAUUGAAUUAUAUGCCUCUUGAUGAGUGUUCUUCUUUUGAUGACUGGUGUAAAGAGGAGUAAACUGUUUAUUCAUGUAAAGUAGAUGAUUGGUUAAGUUACUGUCCUCUAGACAAAUACAGAUCAGUGCUUUGCCAUUGGUAGUUCCUAGUGCAAAGCAGGUUUCAUAUGACAUGAUUAUCCUGGUUAGCUGUGUUUUAAGUCCAAGGAGUGGACUUUAGUGGGAAUGCUCUACCUACUGUAUGCUAUAUCUUUAAUAGAGGUCAAUAGAAUGGAUCUGCAGUAGUUUCCGUCCUCCUUGCACAAACACAUGCUCAAAGAAAUGUUUGGGGAAAAGAAAAAAAGAAAAUAUUUAUAAGAAAUUAAACACAUGCAUUGUUUGCAGUAACUUUUUGAUGAUGAACCAGUGGUUCUGAUAAGCUUUGAAUUUCUAGUGUUAUUUCAAGUCAAAUACAGUGUUGCUAAUUUGAUAGAAUCGAUGACAAUUUCAGUCAUAGAUUUUUCCUAUGUUUCCUAUAAAAGAAGUUUUGUAAUUUUUCACUAAUGAGACUUUGGAGGUGGGGGGGGAGAGAAACUAAGAAUUUUAUUUCAUUGCACGGUCCCUGUCAGUUGAAGUUAUUAUAGUUGUUUUAUUGUAUAUUGAUUGAUACCACUCUAUUGUUUCCAUCUUCAUUUUUUAUUUCAGCUUUUUAGACAAAAGUAAGUGCUCAUUUCUCUCAAAAUAUUGGCUUUCCACCAGGAAGAAAUUUAUAAGCAUUUACCUUUAUAAAUAUUGAUUUUUAAGAUGCAAAAUUUGUUGUGUGUUAUAAGUCCAUCCAAAAAGCUGCUUCCCAGCUCAUUUUCUCUGUUCUAGUCCCAGCUGCGCAUUGCUUCUACAACUUUCUUCAAGAGAGUGGCAUAUAGCCUAAUCAUACUAGUCUGAGAAAGUAUUUUUAAAACUUUCAUUAGAAUAUCAUUUAAUUGACUGUAAGUAGGUCUGCUCAGAUCGUUUUCUUAAUGUCAAGUUUGUAUUUUCAUGUUCCUUAUUUCCUUUCAGUAUCUCAGUAUUAACCCUUUCAGUGCCAUUUAAAUGCAUGUUUAUUCCUGUGAUGUUUUCACUUUUUUUUAGUCUAUAAUCAGCAAAGUGACAAAUAACUUAGACUCUCAGUUAGCUUUUGCAAUUUAUAGGCUAACCCUGCAGUCUUUGGGAAAUGUCAAGCUGUGCACUCUUAAUUUUUUAAUCUUCUAUCCUGUUAGCCCUUCUACCUGAUUGAUCACCUUGGCAGCAUUGCCUCCAAUUCUCUGUGUAACCUCAAGCUGGAGGGGGUGCAGAAGGGUUUCUCAGUGUCGAGGUGGACUAGAACAGUUCAUUUCCAAUGUCUGAAUGGGAACAUCAUGCAGACAAAGUUUUUAUUUUUCCCCUCUUUUAAAAUAUGUUGCAUAAGCAGAGAGGAUACUUACCAACAGGGAAAGAAGAACCUGUAAUGGUACUUCAGGCUGCUCUGAAGGCUAAAGAAUGCAUUCCUCUUUGAAUGUUUUUCCACUGAAACUGAUACAUACAGCAAGUUAGUUAUAUCAGUUUUAAUAUGUGAGAUCUCAUUUCCAUAAGUCUUCAGUCCCGUCCUUUUUCCUCCUGUUAAAUGGAGUAGCAGAUUACUUACAAUAUGAAUUGUGGAGCCAUGUAUGACUUUCAUUCUUUUGAUUCCUUUUUUUUCCUUAUGUGAAGCUUGUCAUCAUUAGAGUUUUCAGGUAGUUUAUGUGCUGGUAGCUGAGAUGAUCUUCUAUAAGACAGUAUCUAACACAAGAAAUGCUGGAAGGCUUAGAAAUAUAUACUCUAAAAUGAUAUAUGACAGCUGUGUGAACAAAAUCCUUAUCAAAGAGCUGUUAUGGUUUGUAUCAAAUACUUUUUAAUAGUAUCUCUAAAAAUGCAUGUUCUUAAUUGCAAA